ACAAAAAGGCAACAGAUGUCAAAAAAAAGACAUUUGUCCCCGCGUCCCUCCAUCCACCCGGAAAAGUUCGUUACACAUUAAUUUAUUUGUGUUUUACUUGUUGUCGGUUAUUUACGGCCUGAACCUUUUAUGACCCCCCUGUUAGCAUUUAACAACGUAUUUCCCCAUGCUCUCACCCUUCUUCAAUCACUAAUCAAAUAAUUAAUAAUAAUGGGGUCCUUCGCGAGGAUAGAAGACUACUAUAAAAUCGAAAAGAUCGGCGAGGGCACCUACGGGGUCGUUUAUAAAGGGAAAAACAAGAAAACGGGACAACUGGUGGCCAUGAAAAGGAUCCGUCUCGAGAAUGAAGAUGAUGGCAUACCCUCCACCGCUUUGAGGGAAAUGAGCCUUUUGAAGGAACUGAAGCACAAAUACAUCGUUGACUUGCAAGAGGUUAUUAUCGAUGAGAACAAGUUGUACCUAAUCUUUGAAUUCCUUUGUAUGGAUUUAAAAAAGUACCUGGACAGCAUAGAAAGUGGCAAAAUGAUGGAUCCGAAACUAGUGAAAAGCUAUUUAUUUCAAAUAAAUGAAGCGAUACUGUUUUGCCAUCAAAGACGAGUGAUCCACAGGGAUCUUAAACCCCAAAACCUCCUAGUAAACCGAGACGGGUCCAUUAAAGUGGCAGAUUUCGGGUUGGGUAGGGCCUUUGGUAUUCCAGUGCGGGUUUUCACCCAUGAAGUGGUCACUUUAUGGUAUAGGGCUCCGGAGGUGCUUCUCGGGGCUGCCAGAUACUCUUGCCCGGUGGACGUGUGGUCGAUGGGGUGCAUUUUUGCAGAAAUGGCCAGUAGGAAGCCGUUGUUUCAAGGAGACAGUGAAAUCGAUCAGCUGUUUCGGAUCUUUAGGGUGUUGAAGACCCCCACCGAAGAGAACUGGAAGGGGGUGUCUUCUUUGCCCGAAUACCACGCGAUUUUUCCGAACUGGACCAGUUACAACCUGCAAUAUCAGGUGAAGAAUUUGAAUGAAGACGGACUGGAUUUGCUUGGAAAAAUGCUGAUUUAUGACCCGAGUAAACGGAUUUCCGCCAAAGGGGUUGCCACGCAUCCGUUUUUUCGCGACGUGGAUCUCAGUGUGAAACCGGUAUUCGUAGAAAAGGACAAAUAGGACCGGUGUGAUAAUGACUCUUGUGAUUUUUUAGGUGGAAACUUUUUUGUUCCCGCCUAAAACAAUUUAUUUAUUUUUGAUUUUAAGGGGUUACUUAUAUGUUUUGUUUUACGAUAAUGCUUCUUAAAGGAUGUCAUAUUUAGGAUAUUUAAAGCCCAGUCAGCCCUACUGCUCCCUCAAAAAGAAUCUCAUUUUAAGUUGGUGCCAUUAUUUUUUAAAGGCCAUAUAUUUUUUUAUACUAGUUUAAUUUUAGAGUGUUUUUAUGUUUAUAUUUAAAAUUACAUUUAUUAAAAACUGUUUUUUUUUUGUGUA